GACACCACCUCUGAACAUGACAGGUCCUCUUUAAAUAAGUAAUAAAAUAGUGUACGUUUUCUUUCACAUUUGAAACUUUGUCAAUGACCACAGCUGGAGUUCCCCUAUUCACUUCUGACCUAUCAUCUGGUCAUGAGUUUGGAAUCUUCUUCUAUGCGUUCCUCCUGCUCUGUAAUCACGGGGGAUUUUUGUGAACAUAUUGGAAGUUUUGGAUGAUAGAGACAGAAAGUCAGUAUCCAAGAAGCCUCAGAUCAGAUCUCGUGGUCAAAAGCAGCACCUCUAUUACCAUGAGGAUGGAUCGGCCACUGCUGACACUCAUUUUCAUAGUGCAAGCAGGUACUGUUUGUACAAUGGAAAAGGUUACCCAGAUAAUAGGAAAGAAAGGAGGAGCUGUACAUCUGCCAGCCAUUGUGCCAGCUAAAUUUAAUACCAGGGAUGUCUUUUGGAGACAUUUGUCACCUACAGAUCACUUGGUGGCUUCCUUUUCCCGAGGAUCAUUCGACACAACAUAUCAAUCUUGUUUCUACGAGAGAGUCCAGCUUCUUAACAACUUUACUUUGGUUAUCCUAAAUCUUGAACUGGAGGACACUGGGAUAUUCACUUGUCAAAUGGUGGACACCAAUGGACACAUGAGGCUUCAUCAGUUCCACCUAAUAGUCUACGAAGUGGUCGUGAAGCCAGAAGUCCAGGUGUAUACAUCCAAAGGAACCACAGACUGUUCUGUGUUUUUGGCUUGCAAUGCAUCCACAGGAAACAAUGUGACAUACGGCUGGACAACCGACACUGGAGAAGGUCGUCCUCUAAACAGAACUUAUAUGUUACAUGACAACAGUCGCCUUCUUAACGUUCUUCUUAAUCUAAGUGAUCAGGAGGUUUCCUUUACAUGUAUGGUAGCAAACCCGGUCAGUCAAGAGAAAACAGUCGUAACUCCUUGGAACAAUUGUUUCAUAAAACAGGGAACUGAUGUUGGUUUCUUCAGUGGGAAAGUCAUCUUGGUUAUUGGGAUCUUUCUUGUGGUCACAUUUGCUGUCUUGAUGUUCUUAGUCUUCUUGUUGACCAGACACUCUGGUAAAGACAGAAGAAAAAAGACUUAUCAAAGGACAACUUCACAACUCAAUGAAGAGACUGGAGGUCAAGAAGAAGACUUGAGACUACAGAACAGUGAUAUCUACAAAACAGUCCGAUUGGAUUAUAAAUACACAAGAAGUGUGCAGGGGGAAUUUAAGGGAAGGAACUAG